AUGCAGGAUUCUAGCGAUGAGCAUUGCGAAGAGCCUACAAGCUCAAAGAAUCGAUCAAAAUCAAUCCUCGCUAUCAUUACCAAUAGCAUUGGGAUGUUGACAAAUGGAUACCUUGCUGGUUUACUCAGCUUUGUGCUACUGAUACUCCUCAAGAUCCAUGGCCCAGAUGUUGUAAAUGGUCCUAUGCAAGAUGCUUUCACGUAUGCCCCUACGGUCGGCUACCUCAUAGGCCAAUUUGGAUUUGGAAAGCUCGUUGAUCUUAUCGGCCGCAGGAUUGGGCUUAUUGCCGUCGUGUGCAUUAUCCUAGUAGGAUCCAUUAUGAUGACUGCUGCCAAUGGUACAACGCCAUCCGGGUUGAUGUGGAUGGUGGUGAUAUCUCGCUCUAUCAUUGGUUUUGGUCUAGGAGCAGAAUUCCCAUGCAGUGCUACAUCCUCAAGUGAACUUAUUAGCAGUAUCAAUGUUAAGCGUCGUGGAAUGGCAUUGCUUUGGUCAUUGUAUCUGAUGAUUGAAUUUGGCACAACAAGUGCAGGUGUGGUCACAAUAGCCAUCCUUGCUAUCUUCAAAGAGAAUCUCGAAGCAUCUUGGCGACUUCUUUGUGCAUUACCAAUCAUCCCAUCAGCAUUUUUGCUUUAUUACCGGCUGAAAUUCAUGAAAGACAUGACCUAUGAAGGCAACAUAUCCAGUAAACGCAAGGUGCCAGCUUCGAUCAUCAUUCGCCGAUAUUGGUUCCUGGUAUUGACCCCAUCUGUAUUGUGGGCGCUUUAUGAUUUCGUGUACUUCCCAAGCAGCAUGUUUUCAGGAGUUAUUCUCGAUCGCGUGGCAAAGGAUGCGCCCUUGAUUAAAACUUGCGCUUGGAAUAUUUUGAUCAAUGCGUUUUACGUACCGGGUAUGCUUGUAUCAGGAGCACUAGUCGACAUCAUCGGUCGUCGUUGGACCGUCAUACUGGGGUUAAUCGGGCAGGCUUUAAUUGGCUUUAUCUUGGGUAUAUGGUAUCAGCAGCUGGUAGAUAACUAUUUCCCCCUUUUUGUGGUGCUUUACGGCAUUAUGCUCGGAUUCGGUGAGGUGUAUGGCUAUGUUGGAAGCAUUUGCGUCUUGGAAUCCACACCACAGCAUAUAAGGGGUACAGCAUACGGUAUAGCAGCAGGAUCAGGCAAGAUUGGAGGUGUGGCUGGUUCUGCAUCACACUCUGCUCUUGUAAACCGCUUUGGUCUGACAGGUGCCUUCAUCACUAUUGGUGUCACAGCUUCAAUCGCAGCUUUGAUUGCUGCAUUAUUCCUGCAAGAGACAAGGGGUGAAAGGAUGAUGGAGAAAUGUGACGAGGACUAUGAGCGUUACCUGGCGCAGUGUGGUUUUAGCGUUAGGCCAAAGGAUACGCAAAGUGAUGAGGAGGCGUAA